CUCCAGGCCAUCCAGAACCCAGGUGAUCUGCAGCUACAGGAGAAGGCCUGGAAUGCAGUCUGCCCCCUGGUGGCCAAACUCAAACGCUUCUACGAGUUCUCCCUCCGACUGGAAAAUGCCCUGCGUAGCCUGUUGGAGGCGCUGACGAGCCCUCCCUACGCUCCCAUGCAGCACCUAGAGAGAGAACAGGCCCUGGCAAAACAGUUCGCAGAGAUACUCCACUUCACCCUCAGCUUCGACGAACUAAAAAUGACAAACCCAGCCAUUCAGAAUGACUUCAGCUACUACAGGAGGACGAUCAGUAGAAACAGGUUGAACAACCAGCAGUUGGAGGCGGAGAAUGAGGUGAACAAUGAGAUGGCCAAUCGGAUGUCUCUGUUCUACGCCGAGGCCACGCCCAUGCUGAAGACCCUGAGUAACGCCACCACCAAGUUUGUGUCAGAGAAUAAGACCUUACCCAUUGAAGACACCACAGACUGCCUGAGCACCAUGGCAUGUGUGUGUCGCGUCAUGCUGGAGACCCCUGAGUACCGUUGUAGGUUCACCAACACAGACACCAUGUUGUUCUGUAUGAGGGUGAUGGUGGGAGUGAUCAUCCUGUACGACCAUGUCCACCCUGUAGGAGCCUUCGCCAAGACAUCCAAAAUAGACAUGAAGGGCUGCAUCAAGGUGCUGAAAGAGCAGCCUUCCAACAGCGUGGAGGGACUACUGAACGCACUGAGGUAUACGACCCGACAUCUAAACGACGACAGCACCUCUAAACAAAUCAGGGCUCUUCUCCAAUGAGAGUGAGAGGAGAGAGGGAAGGAAGAUGAGAGAGAACACGGAGGGAGAUGAAGAACGAGGGAGAACAAACUGUGGUGUGCUGAAUCCCGUUUGUUUACAAGAAUGAAAAGCAAAAUGAUCCGGUCUGAUAAGAAGAGCUGAUGAAAAGAACAAGUCUAUGUAUUGUUCAUCAUUCUGUCUCCCAUUUUGUAAAAAAGAAAAUGAAGGAAGAGAAACUAUAGAGAUAUAUAUUAAAGAGAAAAAUAGCGAAACAAAAAAAACUAAAGUGUUACAAGAUGGAAACAAGACUAAAGAAGAAGAACAACAAGGAAAAAGCUAUAUUAAUAAGACUAAAGAAGAAGAACAACAAGGAAAAAGCUAUAUUAGAAAAUCUACAGUCAGGAAACAAAACUCAAACAAAAAAACAGAAAAUAAACACAAAAAGAUGAAUAUUCCGUACAACAACGUUAGUCUGAAAAAUAUUUUUGCACUGGUGUAGAAUAUAAACAACGCUGUCUGUCAGUCUGUAAGUAGCUGCUGUAAAGAUUUAAACCAGGCUCCAUUACAAACAUUAAAGAAUGAGACUGGGAUUGAACAAAACGGCCUGAUUCCAAACCAAUAGCUUGUCCCUUUCCGAAAGUCCUGACUCCUCCAAUCUAAAAGGACUUGGAGUUGUAUGGCACAAACACUUCUUAACUUACAGAAGGCUAAUGGGUGCUUCAACCUUAUAACUGAUACAAAUCCAAACAAUCUGUCAGGUAGUCAACACGGUCCUAGGGUUCGGGGUGAGGUAUUGGUUUGGGACUGGGCACCUGUGUAGAUUAGGCUCAGUCUCUGCAUUGAGGGUCCCAUCCCAAUCGUCUGAAGGGGCUUCCUCCACUCCUCACCCUCUCCUUCGUCUGCACUGAACUGAAAACGCAGGUGUUAAGUAAAGGCAAUGUGAUGGAUACAAACCAGAAAUGAGCUCUCACUUUGUUCAGCUCUUUCACAUCGUUGCAGAUGAAGGAAAGACAGAAAGGAGACAUGGAGGGAAACCUAUUUUAGUGUAUUGAGAUGCACCCAGACACUCCAUUUUGAUUUCCUCAUCAUACAACCACUCCUAUUGAUCCUAACCCAUAACCCACCCCACUUCCCAUCCACUUGCAUCGUAACCAUGGGAGCUGUGGGUGUUCUAAGCACUAGUAUGUCAUGUUAUGCCGUAAAUGGAGUUUGUGAAGAAUUUUGGUGAUCCAGACCUCUGUAUGGUGCCAAAACUUUUUAUUAUCCACAUAAAAGCUCAUACAACAAGUGCCAAAGCUACUGCAUCAUCAGAAGGUGAGGAUUGGGUUAAGGAGAUACUGACUACAAGCCUUGUAACACCGCUUGAUAUCCAUCUUUAGGGGGUUAAGGAGAUACUGACUACAGGCCUUGUAACACUGCUUGAUAUCCAUCUUUAGGGGGUUAAGGAGAUACUGACUACAGGCCUUGUAACACUGCUUGAUAUCCAUCUUUAAGGGGUUAAGGAGAUAGUGACUACUAGCCUUGUAACACUGCUUGAUAUCCAUCUUUAGGGGAUUCGAAAAGAUCCAGGACAUCGAAGUCUACUGCUCCAAUCCCAACAUAGCUAACCAGCCAUCAGUAAAGCAUUCUGUACAUUGUGAAGGAAAACAUCUUGGAUGUUUUGGGCAGGGGCGCAACUUCCACUGGGG